ACCCUCCCUCUUUCCUUUUACCCACAAAGCCCUUUCUUCCAACUCACUCCCCCUUCUACUCUGGGACUCAACUCACUGACUGCACCAACUCCUCCUCCUCCUCCUCGUACUAUCAAAGCUGCAGUACUUGACAGUGACUAUUCACCCAAGAGAAGCAGCAGCAAUGAACCCAGGGAAACGAUAAUGUUACCCGGCUGUGAUUAUAAUCAUUGGCUUAUUGUUAUGGAGUUCCCUAAAGACCCUGCUCCUACUAGAGAACAAAUGAUUGACACUUACCUCAACACUCUUGCCACUGUUCUUGGCAGCAUGGAAGAAGCGAAGAACAUGAACGCGUUUAGCACCACUACAUAUACUGGAUUCCAAUGCACGGUAUUGGAAGAAACCUCGGAAAAGUUCAAAGGUGAUAAAUAUAUCAACGGAGAAAUAAUUCCCUGCAAAUACCCUACUUACCAACCAAAACCUAGAAAAGACUCAAGAUCCGUGAGCAAACGAUACGAGAGACGAAAAGACGGUCCACCUGCUGGACAAUACAGACCAAAGCAAGCAGCGAGUCCAUCGGAAUCAUCAUCUUAACAAGGUACAAGAAAAUACCGUCUAAAGUUCAAUUUUCAUCACACAACUUAUUGUCUUUUGUUGAGAGUUCACCGACGGUACCGCGGCUAACUAAUGUCGACAUGUUAUCAGAACACUUGUUCCUGAGAAAGUCACUAUGAAUCCUCUUAAUUGGAACACUAUGGAUGUGGUUGAACUUUCAGCAAUGAGAUAGAUUUUGGCUUAUACAUGUGCUUACUCUAGUUUUGGUCCUUUUGGAACUUUGUCUAUAUGAGUAUUAGGCCAACAUUGAGGCCUACAAACAAUUUUGGUUUGAUUUGUUUUCCAUUUUAUAAUAUAUUAUAAAAAUUA